AUGGGGCUGCGGACCAGCGGUGAGACGCCGCCCAUGACCCUCUAUGAGCUGAUCAUGCAUUUCCCGGAACGCUCAGGAGGUGUCUCAGGUGGAUUCUCCGGGCGUUUGGAGAAGCGCUUCGACAAGGCUGAGGCCAGCGGCAGCUUGAGGCCGUUGGAGUUGCUUCCGGGCCCUUGGCACGAUGCCAAGACCCGGGAGGACAAGCUCCGGCUGCUGGCAGCAGACACAGUGGCGCAAGAAGCUGGCAUGCAGUUGCAGUUGUAUGCAGCCUACCAGCUGCGCUACGGGGAUAAGGGGCUGAGCAGCAACAUCGCAGUGCCCUGCGUGGUGAUGCACAGCAGGACCUCUGAGAAGGCCAAGGAGGAGCCGCAGUUUACGGACAGCUUCAACGUCAUUAAGGUGGUCUGCCGCGUCAUGGUGUCGGACCCGGAGGAUGCUGAGCGCAUUGCCCGCAUACAUGUGCGGAAGGAGCCCAACUUUGGGCCAGGCUUGAUGGACAGCGUGAUCUCCACCACAGACAAUGAGCACUGGCGCGACCAGCGGCAGCAUCUGAUGGAGGCUUUCUUGCCCUUGUCGACCCUCGCUCAGAUCAUGCCGGUCUCACUGGCUCGCGCAAAGGACUGCUCGGAGCGCUUGGCCCAGCAGGCGCGAGACGGGCCGGUGGACAUGAGCGACUUCCUGCUGCACGAGGCACAGGCGCAGCUGCAGCUGGCGCUUCUGGGGGUGCCGGAAGAGACCAUGGACCGAACCAACGCAGGUAUUCGCGCCACUUUUGCGGGGAGCCCCGAUGCGAAGCUGGGGCACCUGAGUGGGGCCAUGAAGGACAUUAUGCAGCACGCUCGAGAGGCUACAAACCUAGGCCUUCCGACGGACGGCUGUCCUGUCCGAGGCCCUCUAUCAAGGGCCCUGCAGACGGGCCAGUUCCACUCCAGCACGGAUUACGGGAACCUGCUCAUCAUACUUUUCGCUGGCCACGACACCACAGGACACACCAUGACCUGGCUGCUGUACGAGCUAGCACGACACCCGGACAUCCAGCGGAAAGUGCAGGAGGAAGUGGAUGCGUUCUUCGCUUCGCUGCAGAAGGAUCCAACGUACAAGGACGGGCAAGCAGAUAGCUUCGAGGGCGGCGCUUUCGGCACGCCCUCCGUUCCCCCUCGCUUUGAAAUCUUUGAGCCCUCCUUUGCCAUGUCACGCAUCUUCAAGCGCAGCCGCACUUGCGUGAAGAAGUAUGAGUUCUGGCCAUCUGACUUGCAACGGGCGGGGCACACCUCAGUGUCCGUUGAGGAGGAUGAUGAGCUGUGGAAAGUCUUGCAGAAGAUUGGGAAACAUGACAUCUACGGCAUCCACAUGGCGCGCAUGCAGAAGCUUCCCUGCAAGUUGAUUCCCACCUCCAAGUUUCGGAACGGGCAGGAGCGUUGGUGGUGCCCCAUACAUCAAGGGAGCUACGGGAAGAAGAAGCAGGUCGCUGAAGCCAAGCAGACUGGAGUGAAGUGCUGCGAUCAGCGCGACGCGUUGAUCGACUUCGUCCAAUCCUCCGACGUGCUCGAGCUGACCCUGGUGAAGCCUGGGGAGGUCCAAGGGGAGAACGACUACGUGGAGCUGGGGCUUUGGAUUGGCCUCGCCCCGGCGUUGGACACCUUCAACGAGAAGACCGCGGAGCACGGCCGCAAGUAUUUCUAUGCCGGGAUCCAUGUGCAUGCCCGCAAGGAGCCGGGAGGCAAGAAGGUGAUCGACAAGAACUUCCCAGCGGUGCGCAUUCGAGACCGCACCGGGCGCUUCAGCAAGAUCCCUACAGAGGGGAUUCUGGUCACCAGCCCCGCUGCCUUGGAAUACCUCUACUACAUGGAGCACCGCUGCCCCGUGAAUGCCCAGCUGGGAAAGUGCCUGGACGAUCAGAAGGUGACGCGAUCAUCGGUGGAUUUGGCUGCUGUGGUGAGGUGCAAACAUUGUGAGUCCCUGCAUGAAGAUAUCGGAGACUUCUUUGGGGAGAAUCCGCACAAGAAACACCUCUGUGGCACCUGCGGGCGCGACAUCUUCGGCAAGGCCAACAUCGGCAACCCCUUGCAGCUCUUCGAACGGCCCUGGCGGCGAGAGAUUGUCGGGGAGAAGAUCGAUCCGCAGAACAAGGAGAUCCACAUCAAGACAUCCGAGCACCGUUUGAUGUGUUGGCCGUCCACCCCGGCACUUUUCUGGAGUCGCGACGCUCCGGAGAUUUGGGGCAUCCAUGUGCACGGAUUCGAUGCGGAGGGCAAGCGGGUGAUCGAUGACACCUACGGCACGGUAUACGUGGACGGCAAGAAAUUGGACCGCUCGAAGCUCUUCGGCGACAUGUUGGACAACAGCUUCUGGAUGGCCGAAGAAGCUGAGAUGGCGGCCGUCGCAGAAGAAUUGGAAGACGACUGA